AUGGCGAGUUCGUGCUCGAACGCCACUGGAACUAGAGGGAUUGGGAACAGAGAAGCAGCGGAGGUACAGCGGAGCGGCUUUUGGGGUUCGCGGGAGCGGCGGGCACUGCGGGAAGCGAGCAGGCCGGGGCGAGGGGUGGCCCCUCCGCCUCGGCGACGGCUUCUUCGGGAAGCAGCGAGGGCUGCGUGCGCGUUAACGGCGUGCUUUUCCGAGCGCUGUUUACAAACACCGCCGGGUGCAGGAGGAUGGGCGGCUGCGCGGAGCACCCGAGGGCGAGAGGUGCGGGGCCGCUGCCGCCCGCCGCCAUUUUAUUCGCGCGCAGGCUGCCGAGUGGCGUCGCCUUCUCCACGGAAACCAGCCGUCCCCGCUCAUCCCCCGUCCUCUCCGCCGCUGUGGGCCGAGACACGGCUUUCUUUUCUCUCCCCCGCGGUUCGUAGCCCUUGGCAAGCCUCUCCUGGCGCCGCUGGGUUUCGAGCGGCGGCCACAUUUCGGAUCUUGAUGCCAAGUGGAGAAAGUGAAGCGAUUGGUCACACGUCCCCUCGCGCGCACCGUGUGGAAGCCCUCUGUCAAAGCCCGCAGCCCGAGGGCGCGGGAGGACGGAGCCCUGCCCAGAGGCCCCAGUGUGUCACUGGGCUGCCGGCCAUUGGGGCGAGAGAGAAGGGACGCGGUCUGAGUCUUGAACUUCGAGAACUCGAGAAAAAACUAAAAUCUGCAUAUCUGAACAAAGAGCGAGCGGCGCAGGUCGCUGAGAAAGAAGCCAUAGAGUUUGAGAAAAUGAAACGUGAGGCUGAAAUAGCCCAAAAGAUGAAGGAAGAGUAUGAAAGGGCAGCAAAAGAAGAAAGUUUGGCAGAACUGAGGCGAAAUGAGGAGAAAAUAACAUAUCAGCAAGAGCUGGAGAAGCAGCUUGAGGAACAGGAGCGGAAGAAGCAAGGAGUUUAUGACGAGUUUCUGAAAGAGAAACUCAUGAUUGAUGAAAUCGUAAGGAAGAUCUAUGAGGAAGAUCAAAAGGAAAAACAACUUAAGUUAGAAAAGAUGAGAGCAACUCAGACAUAUAUUGAAGAAUUUAAAAAAGAACAGGCUGUAUGGAGGCAGAGGAAACGGGAAGAGAUGGAAGAAGAAAACAGGAAAAUUGUGGAGUUUGCCAACAGUCAGCGAGAAAGAGAAGAAGAUUGGAUGGCCAAAGUUAGAGACAUGGAGGAGAAAAAACAACGACUUCAGGCCAUGAUUGCCCAGAAUCUAGAAAGAGAGCAACAGAAGCGUGACGAACUGGAACGAAUACGCCAGGAGCUGUAUCUGGAAGAACAACUUGAAACGGAUAGAAAGAAGGAGAUGGCAGAAAUCGAGAAGAGAAUAAGGCAACGCCUAGAUUUAAGGCAAAUGUACGAAGAGCAGUUUGCUUUGAAGAAGAUAGCACAACGAGCUGUGCAAGAGGAGGAAGAAGCCUUCAGACAGCAGAUGCAGGCCAAGUUUGCAGAGGAUGAUCGUAUUGAACAGAUGAAUGCUCAGAAACGAAGAAUGAAACAGCUUGAACACAGAAAGGCUGUGGAAAAACUUAUUGAAGACCGUCACAAACAAUUUAUUGCAGAUAAAGAGCGUGAACUUGAAGAAUGGCAGUUAGAGGAGAAAAGACAAGCAAACAUUCGUGCAGUUGUUGAAGAAGAGAGACAGAAACUCCUGAAAGAACAUGCAUCUAAAUUACUGGGUUAUCUUCCUAGAGGAAUACUCAAAGGCGAAGAUGAUAUUAACAUGCUUGGUGAGGAAUUUAGGUUGGCUUAUCAAAAGAGAAGAGGUAAUCCAUCUUCUGAAGAGAGCUGAAAUUUCCACUGUCUGCCCUCCUGCUUUGCCACUAGGUGUCAUCUGAUUGCUAAUGAAAAUGUCCAUUUGCUGGUAACAGCAAGGAACUUGUUUUUAUUCUCAUAAAAAUCUCCAUUUUAAGACUGGAGCUCUGAACUGA